CCACCUUCCACCUUUGGUUUUUAUUAUUAUUAUAGAUGGCCAUCACUUGACUGUUCUUCUUUCUUGACCACUGGGUAGCUAAGAGUUUAUUCAGGUAACCGUAACGCACACCAGAUAGCAUCCCACCGUCGGUUGUAUCAACACUGUCACCAACAACAUCAUGUCAUCCAUAUCCUAUUUAGACGCCUUGCCCUACGUCGACAAGCAAGUAGAAGAUCCAGUUAAUAAGGCCGCUGCCCAGGCUCUUGUAGAGGCGGAGCUGCGUCAUACUCCUCAAAUCGCAGAGGAUGACCACAGGUUGGCGGCGUCCGUUGGAGUAUUUCCUCGAUCGACACAUUUGGAAGAACUCCUCGCAGACUAUCCCAACAAGCCAAUUAAGGGGAUUGAUCCCUCCAAAUACCAACCUCCCAUUGUUGAAACUAAUGCGACCCUUGAAGAGCUUGAGGCAGCGGAGAAGCAGGGCCGAAUAGGAGAAGGUUACAUGGGUUUGAGGCUGGAGAACACAUCGAUACUUUCUUCAUACGGCCCCAAUGCUUGGCUUGUUCGCAAUUACCAGCUUAACUCUCAAUUAACAGAACUUCAAGCGACUCUCGCUGCCCUUAAAGAACAUGUCACAGACAUCAAUCGCACUCGGCGCAUUUUUCAAGAGGAAACUGGGCAACACCUCAGUAGGCUUGAGGGAAGAUGGCAAGACUUAGUGGGGUCAACGGUGCAGCUUGAGCUCGCCUGUACGGCAAUGGAAGGGGAGGUCAAGGGCCUGGAGGCCAAAAAAAUCAUCCUGAAAGACGAGAUUGCAGAAUUAGAGGCGAAAUAUUAAUGUUAUUAUAUCCAACUUGGAAGAUAAAUAGAGUUGUUAUACAUUUGACGAGGUAUAAAAGCAACAUUGACAGCAGUUCA